GUAGUGGAGAAAUCGACUCGAAAGAAAGCGAAAGUAUCUGACAUAAUGUUGACAACUGGUAGAGAGGAUGAUUAUCAUGAUGGAGAGGCAUGUAGUGCAGAUUCGGCUACUUCAAGGACUUUAGUUGAGUGCGACGCAAUCAAUACAUUGCUUUCAAUACGUGGUCCAUCAUCACCAAACUUAGAUGUUGCACCCAUGACACCUCAGUCGCAAGGAAGUUCAUCACCGAGUAGAAGCGAAUCUGACAGUGAAUCAAACGACACUUGGUUAACCGCACCUUCAGAACGAACAGAGCUUCGACCAGAAGGGAAUAUGUCGCUACCCCCACGCAAAAGACCAAUGAUGCGGGAUAUGGCCUGCUCCAGUCUACCGUUCAAGAAACGUUCUAAGCUUGCCCAGUUGCUAAUGGGUAAAAGAAUGCCGCCAUAUGAUGACAUGUCACUGCCUCAUUUGAUUGGUGCUACUGAGGCAAGAGCAAUGCCAGAAACACCAGUUGAAAACUUCAGUAUCUCUUACUCCACACCCCCACCCACUCCAGACUACAUGACCAAAGAAUCGAUGAACUUCAAUAACAGUAAUUCCAACGAAUCUUUUCUGACCAUGCCGAUCUCAAGAACAUCGUCUCCUAUUUGCACGAGCCAUGUACCAUACAGUCAACCUCAUUCAAACCAGUUUGCACCAAGAAUGAUGACAUCAUCUCCUGUUUCAUCGACCCCGCCAUUGACUCCAACUUCAACUUAUCAAAACAUUGCCAUAAAGUCUGAUGUACCCCAACAAUUAGAGAACAAUGCAUUCAAUAUUAACAAGGUAUCCAUCAAUAGUGAGCAGAGAAUGCCAAUAAAUGGACUACCAGUAAUGUAUGCAGAUGUUCAGGGUACACUGAUACCCAUAAGCAAUGCGCCUAUUGUGCAGGUCAUUGUUGUGAACAAUAAUACUAAUGGAGGGGACAAUAAACUUUGCCGUAUUGCCCCAGCACCCCUAGUAACAACCCCCAUUCCUGAAAAGAUCUCCACCGAUAAUCUCACAAUGCGUCAGCGAAGUCAUGUCUGCAGUUUCCCAAACUGCAACAAAACAUACUUCAAAAGUUCUCAUCUGAAGGCCCAUAUCAGAACUCAUACAGGGGAGAAACCAUUUGUCUGCCAGUGGGAGAACUGUGAAAGGAAGUUUGCUAGAUCCGAUGAACUCUCGAGACAUAAACGUACCCAUACAGGCGAGAAAAAAUUUGUCUGCACAACAUGUGAUCGGCGGUUUAUGAGGAGUGAUCACUUAGCAAAACAUAGCAAACGCCAUACAAAUAACAAACUGGACAAUGAUAUCAAAUUAGUCACAAAAACAGUAUAGACAGUAAAAGUGCUAUAAUUAUUUGAUGUCAGGGAGUUCCCAAAGAACUGAAAAAAGCUUAUGUAGCCAUGAUAAUCAUUGAAUAAACACAAUGCAGCUACUAUGCUAGAAGUUAAAGAGAAACUAUUUAAGAAUACUCUGUGCAAUUUUGCCAUUCAUUCCACAUGAUGGGGCAUCGAAAUCCAAAUCAAAAUACAUCAUUCAUGCAUAUAUCCAUGGACAAAAAAUCUUCAACUUUUCAAUUCAUAUUAAUACAUAACGUAGUCAGCUAUACAAUUCAUCCUUGCCUUACACACCAUGUCGCCAUUCCUUUCUAGUGCAAAAUUACACAGGCAGAACCAUGUAAUAUUUUAGUGGUUAGAGUGCCUUUGUUUCGUUAUUAAUUAAUUUUUUAAGUAUUUACAUGUUCAAAUAGAAUCCUUGUGAAAUAGGAAUGGGUUCAUGGAUGGAAUGUACAUUUUUAAGUUGCCCCAUAAAUUUGUGAAUUGUUUUUGAAGAGAUUAUAUAUAAUGUAUUGUUUCAAGUGUGUUUAUUCACAUUCGUCUUUAUCAUUUUAUUUAUAUGUAUUAUAGUUUUUUAAUUUAUUAAAAAUAUAUCAAAUAUAUUUAAAUUAAAUCCGAGACACAUGUAUCUUGUUUAUUUAUUGUAAACGAACUUGACACGAGAAUCAUCAGAAAUAGCCAGGUACCUUUUGAUAAAAUUGGAAAGUUUUCAAGUU